UCAGGAUUUCUCCUGCUCACCUCGCGACUUUUUCUAGCCACCGAAAGUUAUUAGCACUAGAGGAGUCGCGAGGAAACUCCUCCCCCAAAGUAAGGUAGACACCCAGGCUCCUUCCAGAGCUAACACCCGGGCUUUCUCCUAAUGAUAAUUAAUAGUCAAGGCCAACCCUUUUGGCACGUUUCUUCCUCCCUCCCUCGCGGGUGGCAGAGUUGUUUGAUUCCCUGAGGCCAGAAACUUUCACUCGAGUUCGCCGGGGAGAGGCUGGCGCCUGCUGUUUUCCGCGGUGCCCAUAUAUCUCCUUUUUCUUUCUUCCUCCUCCUCUUCGUCGUCCUCCCAGCCGCAGGCCAGUCACCAGUCCGCGUAGUUUUGUUUCCUUUCCAUCAUGCAGAAAAUUAAUCAGCCAGGACGAGAAGCAGAGCUGAGCACGGCGGCCUGUAAUUAAGGGACGUGUGCCCCUCGGAUUAUCUCGUUAGUUUAUCAAGAAAACAUUUAUUAUAAUUAAUUCUCGGACGAGUUCCACCACUUCAAACCCACCCAUCAAGGACUCUGAACCUGUCCACCCCAGGCGAAUCGAGAUCUUCCGGCUGGGUCUCCCCCAUUUGGGCCGACUUUGCGCCUCCAAACAACCUUAGCAUGAUGUCUUAUCUUAAGCAACCGCCUUACGCAGUCAAUGGGCUGAGUCUGACCACUUCGGGUAUGGACUUGCUACACCCCUCCGUGGGCUACCCGGGGCCCUGGGCUUCUUGUCCCGCAGCCACUCCCCGGAAACAGCGGCGGGAAAGGACAACGUUUACCCGAGCCCAGCUAGAUGUACUGGAAGCCCUGUUUGCCAAGACCCGGUACCCAGACAUCUUCAUGAGGGAAGAAGUGGCGUUGAAAAUCAACUUGCCCGAGUCCAGGGUGCAGGUAUGGUUUAAGAAUCGAAGAGCUAAGUGCCGCCAACAGCAGCAGCAACAACAGAAUGGAGGUCAAAACAAAGUGAGACCUGCCAAAAAGAAGACAUCUCCAGCUCGGGAAGUGAGUUCAGAGAGUGGAACAAGUGGCCAGUUCACUCCCCCCUCUAGCACCUCAGUCCCUACCAUUGCCAGCAGCAGUGCUCCAGUGUCUAUCUGGAGCCCAGCUUCCAUCUCCCCACUGUCAGAUCCCUUGUCCACCUCCUCUUCCUGCAUGCAGAGGUCCUAUCCCAUGACCUAUACUCAGGCUUCAGGUUAUAGUCAAGGAUAUGCUGGCUCAACUUCCUACUUUGGGGGCAUGGACUGUGGAUCUUAUUUGACCCCUAUGCAUCACCAGCUUCCUGGACCAGGGGCCACACUGAGUCCCAUGGGUACCAAUGCAGUUACCAGCCAUCUCAAUCAGUCCCCAGCUUCUCUUUCCACCCAGGGAUAUGGAGCUUCAAGCUUGGGUUUUAACUCAACCACUGAUUGCUUGGAUUAUAAGGACCAAACUGCCUCCUGGAAGCUUAACUUCAAUGCUGACUGCUUGGAUUAUAAAGAUCAGACAUCCUCGUGGAAAUUCCAGGUUUUGUGAAGACCUGUAGAACCUCUUUUUGUGGGUGAUUUUUAAAUAUGCUGGGCUGGACAUUCCAGUUUUAGCCAGGCAUUGGUUAAAAGAGUUAGAUGGGAUGAUGCUCAGACUCCUCUGAUCAAAGUUCCAGGAGGCAUAGAAGGAAAAAUGAAGGGCCUUAAAAGGGCCUACCAACCAGCAACCUGACAUGGACAAACUAAUCUGCUUAAGAUCCUCUCAUAGUUUUAGAUCAUUGGUUUUCCUGAUUUACAAAGUGAUCUAUCAAAUGCAUUCUAGCCAUGUGCAACCAAACACAACCAAAAAAAUAAAAAUCAAACAAAACUAAAUUGUGAGGGAAGGGAGGGAAGGUCAUAGCCUUCAUAAGCAGAGGUGAUCCAAUGUUUUAGCCAAUCCUUGGUUGAAUCUUAGGAAUGAACAGUGUCUCAAGCUCAUUCACGUUUCAUGACCAACUGGUAGUUGGCACUGAAAAACUUUUCAGGGCUGUGUGAAUUGUGCGACUGAUUGUCCUAGAUGCACUACUUUAUUUAAAAAAAUAAUGUUCAUAAGGAGUCAAUAUGUAGUUUAAGAGACAAUCAGUGUGUGUCUUAUAUAAAUGGUACAUCUGUGGUUUUUAAUCUGUGCUAGACUUCAAAACUGUGAUCUCCUGUUAUUGUAUGCAACCUUGAACUCCACCUCUGCAGGAGUUCUUCGUGAUUAAAUAGGUUAUAAUUAUAAGCAAAAUUCAGAGCAACUGAGUACUGAUUUUAAAAAGAUUACUUUUGGCUGGAGGUGAGCUGCACUGAAACUUUACAACAAAAUGUCUGGACAAGGAGAGUGAGAGAAGAGAAAAAAAGGACAUUAAUUCAUCUGUAUUUUACUGUUGGUAAGCCUAGCAGUAAAGAGACAUUGGUCAAUUGCUCUGACCCUGAUGAAUUUUUAAACUGAGAUCAUUGUUGUUUAUGCUUGCAGAUGUUAACUGGAAGUUAUAUAUGCAUAAACCUUUUCUUCCUGGA